AUGGCUGAUAGUAACGAAAGUGCCAGCGCUCACAACUACGACAACACAGUGAAGAAGAGGUUGUGGAAAGAAACCUGGGAUGAGUCGGUUACCAGUUCCAAUACCAAAAUCAAUACCAUGGCGCUUGCUGAAGAUGAAUCUUCCGGCUAUCCUCACCUCCAGCGCAAUUCAGCUCAGGGUCAGACCUAUCAAGACUCUGUGCUGGACUCUGAUGAAGAUGUGGCUCCCCGUCGCUCAAAACGCCAGCGCACCUCUACAAGCGAUGACACGCGCCACAACUCAGUUCUCAUCUCAGAUAAUGAAAACAUGGGCGAAACCCGCCCGCAAGGCCGCCAACUCAGAGAACGCACUCAGAAGCAGCUCAAGUUAACCAGCAUGGCCUUCACCAACUUGCCUUUGUCUCGCGAUGACGAUAUGGAUGAACUGUCUCAGGAUCUUCCCCGCCAGGCGUCUGAAGAAGAUGACGAUGACUUUCAGAUAAUCACUUCUGACCUUCUGCCCAAGCCCUCCUCAUCUCGGCGUAAAAAAUCCCGGCGACUCAGAGCGAAAGUUAAGCCUGUCCAGCACCCCAGGUCACGAGGCUCCUCGAUUGAGUUUGAGGACCGCCGCCGGUCUGGUAGAUCAACCCGAAACAAGGCCAGUAUGCUGGACGAAGCACUCAUGGACGAUGAAUCGUUUUAUGUCGAGGACACAGCACUAGCCAGUACACCACGGGUCAUCAACAUCAAAGAAGUCUUCAAACCAUUGAAGCAUGACUCGUCAUUCAACCAAUUCCACUCUAACAUCUGUGGCACCUGCAGCACUGGCUCUGCACACAAGGGCGCAUUGAUUGGAUGCCAGGGCUGCUCCAUGUCUUUCCACAAGGGUUGUAUCGGAUACAGAUCGGCUCGAGAGCAUAUCGUCACUAAGAUUGGUGUUGACGACUUCGUUCUUCAGUGCAAGUAUUGCAUCAGAUUCUACGACAAGAAGGACAAGAACAGCCCAAGACACGAUCGUUGCCAGCAGUGCAAAGGUUCAGGGCGCUCGUGCGCCGCAUUUUCAUCCAGAAAGACCCCAAAGCAGGAGGAGAAGAUUCGUCUUGAAAAUGGUGGCGAGGACCCCAUUACACCUGUGGACCCCUCUCUGGUCAACAAUGCCGACAACCUCCUGUUCCGGUGCACCAUGUGUAAACGUGGUUGGCAUUAUGAGCAUCUGCCUUCGUCUCAGAUGGACUUGGACUCGUCGGAUCUCCGUCAACAGCGUCUCUCGGAAUACUCCGUCGACUGGAAGUGCAUCGACUGCGGCACGCUAUCCGAAACGAUUCAGACCUUGGUAGCCUGGCGGCCUGCUGAUCAGAAGCCUCUUGACCCCGAGACGACACACAGCGACUUGAGAGAGGACGAGAAGGAUUACCUUGUCAAAUGGAAGGGCAGGUCAUACUUCCACUGCACUUGGAUGCCUGGCGCUUGGGUUUUCCACAUCGCCGCGGGAGUCAUGCGCAAUGCCUUUGCGAAGAAGGAUGCGGGUCAAAACUUAGCUCUGCACUUCACCAAAUCCGAGGCGAUUCCUCAGGAGUACCUUCUCAUCGAUGUCAUCUUUCAGGCCAAGGUCAAGGGCUCAGCAAGGGGGUCUCUGGAGGAUGAAAUGGAUCGCAUUGGCAAUGUUGACAAGAUCUACGUCAAAUUCCAAGGCCUUGGCUACGACGAGACCGUCUGGGACACGCCACCAAAGCCAGAUGCCAAAGAACUCUACAGCGCUUUCAAGGUUGCAUACUACGAAUACCUCACUGGCAAGUACUUCAGCAGCCCCCCGAAUGGAAAGAUGAAGGAGCGGGUGACCAAGUGGAAAAGCGAGGAUUUCGUCAAGCUGGACCACCAACCGCCUGGCCUCCGUCGCGGCAAAUUGAUGGAGUACCAGAUCGAGGGUGUUAAUUGGAUGUUAUGGAACUACCACGAAAACAAAAACGUCAUUCUCGCUGACGAGAUGGGCUUGGGCAAGACGGUUCAAGUUAUUGGCUUGAUUUCGACGCUUGUCCACGGCGAUCCAAAGUGCUGGCCGUUCCUCAUCGUCGUCCCGAACUCCACUUGUCCAAACUGGCGGCGUGAAAUCAAGCAGUGGGCCCCAGAGCUCCGAGUUGUCACUUAUCACGGCGGCAAGCAAGCACAGGACUUGGCAUACCAGUUUGAGCUUUUCCCGAACAACUCUCAGAGCAUCAAGGCACAUAUCGUUGUCAUGUCGUACGACUCUGCUCAGGACGAUCGGACAAAACACAAGUUCGCCUCCGUCCAGUGGGCCGGGUUGGUUGUCGACGAAGGUCAGCGUUUGAAGAACGACCAGAGUCUGUUGUACACUGCUCUGCGCUCGAUGCGCUUCCCCUUUCGGCUCCUUUUGACGGGCACACCUCUGCAGAACAACAAGCGAGAGCUAUUCAACCUGCUGCAGUUUGUCGACCCUUCUCAAAACGCAGCGAAACUCGACGAAGAGUUCCAGGAGCUGAACGGACAGAACCUGCCUGAGCUCCAUGGCCGAAUCAAGCAGUACUUCCUUCGAAGAACAAAGGCCCAGGUUCUGAAGUUUUUGCCUCCCAUGGCACAAAUCAUCGUUCCUGUCUCCAUGUCGAUCUUGCAAGAGAAGCUUUGCAAAUCGAUCAUCGCCAAAAGCCCCGAUCUGAUCAAGGCCAUCUUCGCAGAUGACAAGAUCAACAAGAAAGAACGCGGGAGCUUGAACAACAUCCUCAUGCAACUCAGAAAGUGCCUUUGCCAUCCAUUCAUGUACAGCGAGGCGGUGGAGGAGCGAUCGGCGGACCAUGCCAAGAUGCAUCAGAAUCUCGUUUCGGCAUCCGGCAAGCUCAUGCUUUUGAAUAUCAUGCUGCCAAAGCUGAAGGAAAGAGGCCAUCGUGUCCUCAUCUUCAGUCAGUUUCUGCAUCAGCUGGACAUCAUUGAGGACUUCUUGAAUGGUCUUGGCUUCCAGCACAGACGACUCGACGGCAAGAUCAAUUCCUUGGAGAAGCAAAAGCACAUUGAUGCGUUCAACGAGCCGGACUCUGAAAUCUUUGCCUUCCUCCUCUCGACCAGAGCUGGAGGCGUGGGCAUCAACCUAGCGACGGCGGACACUGUCAUCAUUUUAGACCCAGACUUCAACCCUCAUCAGGACAUUCAGGCCAUCUCUCGAGCUCAUCGCAUCGGCCAGAAGAACAAAGUUCUCUGCUUCCAGCUGAUGACGAAGAACUCGGCCGAGGAGAAAAUCAUGCAGAUUGGCCGGAAGAAGAUGGCCCUUGACCAUGUUCUGAUUGAGGCCAUGGACGACGAAGGUGAACCGGAUGACCUAGAGUCGAUUUUGAAGUUUGGGGCGUCUGCACUGUUCAGCGAAGACCAGGAUGACAAGGAUAUCGUUCGUUAUGACGACACGAGCGUCGACAAGCUUCUUGAUCGGUCUGAUAUCGAGCAGACCAAGACUGGUGACGACGAGUCCGCUGAGUCGCAGUUCUCUUUUGCGCGUGUUUGGGCCAAUGACAAGGCUGCGUUCGAAGACACCCUGGCGGAGGAAAACGAACCCACGGUCAACCCGAAUGUAUGGGAGGAGAUUUUGGCAGAGCGCGAGGCCGAAGCCAAGCGAAUCGCCGAGUUGAACAAAGAGGUCCUCGGCCGCGGUGGUCGGCGCCGUCGUCAGGCGAUCAACUACAAGACCAAUGGUGCCUCGGGUAUCAUUACUGACAUUGCCGCCGAAAAAAGCGAAAGCUCCGAUAACGACGGAGAGUUUGUCGGCGAAGAUGAUGAUGAUGAGCAGGAUACUGACACUGAGAACAGGACUUUGGGAACUGGUUCCAAAGGUAAAGCUGGAAUUUCUGCUUCUUCUCGUUCCGCUCGAAAAAGGACAAGCGCCAGUAAGAAACAGCAAGUUAACAAAGCCACUCCACAGAAGACACGCCGACGCAGGACGCCAAAGACCGACGACGUGCCAUCCAGCAAGACGAAAACGACGACCUCGCUGAAAUCAACCCCGCAAAAACAGCCGCUUCGAAAGCAAAACUCGCAAAACCCAGCGCAGGUCAAGGCAGCUUCCUCAAAUAUAACCUCAAUUCAGGGCAGAGUCACCAAGCCGCAGGCCCUGGACCAGCCCGAGGCAGCGGAGAAGCUGGCGGCGUCUCUGCCCAGCCCGACAUCACAAAUCACCACUCUGCCAACUUUGGGCAAGGAGACCUUGGUGGUAAACCUUUGA